AUGGUGUGGAACAUACUCUUCCUUGGUUUCACAGGGCCGCUGGCUCUGCCUGCACUUGGGGGCGGGGUGUGGCUGUCCCUGGGGCAUGUGGUCUCGGGUCUUUUGCUCUUUCGGGGGUCGUGGGAUCCUCUGGCUGCUGGGGUUCUUGCCUGCCUGUCGCUGUGGCCGGUGCUGGUGCUGACUGAUGUUGAAAAAGCACUGUGUGGUGGAAACACUGGGCUCGUCAGCGCACAAUUCAACAUUUAUACAGGAGCUGAGGGAGGAACUGGUACAAUUAAUUGCUACUUCACUCUGUCUGGAAGCAGGAAGUUCUUCUGUAAGAACGAAUGUAAAGCAGAAGAUAUUCUGGUUAAAACAGAUGAUGUCAGAGCUCAGAGUGGCAGAAUCAGCAUUGACUACAGAAACGGAUCUUCUGGAAGAGGAAUUGUGUCUGUGACCAUCACAAAUCUGAUCAAGUCUGACUCAGGACAGUACAGGUGUGGUCUGGGCGGGACUUCGGUUCCAGAAUCAUUCACUGAUUUUGAGGUCAGAGUUUCAGAUGUGCCACUGGCUGGAUUUUCUGGUUUUAUCCGUACAAAUACUGAAGGAGAAGAUGUCACACUUGGAUGCAGCGAUACUAUUUACGGAACAUGGAAGUUCUUCUGUAAGGGCGAAUGUAAAAAACAAGAGGACAUCAUCAUUGAAACAGAUGGGAACAGAACUCAGAGUGGCAGAUACAGCAUAAAGUAUGAAGUAGGAUCUGCAUUUGGACUGGAAGUGAGCAUCACACAGGUGACCAAGUCAGACUCAGGACAGUACAGAUGUGGUUACGGCAGAGCUCUGUCUCCAGAUUCAUACAGCAGGAUUCCGCUCAUUGUCAUAGAUGCUUUUUCAGUCCCUGAAGCCACUAACCAGCUGACAGGUUACUUCUUGCUUCUGGUUGUGUGCCUACCCUUGGUUUUUGUGCUGUUGGCUGUUUUUCUGCUGGUCAUCUACAAAUUGAAGACAAGGAGGAAUAGUGGUUUGAACAACACAGGAAAUGCAAGCAGCAUGAAGACAGAGUCUGUCACCAUUGAGGACUUGCCUUCAGUCUCUACAAGUGAAGACCACACCUACCAGAGCCUCGAACCAGGGAUCAGGUCCAACUACUCAACUCUACAUUUUAAGGAACACAAAAUGUAAUGUUUUUAUUUAAAUCUUGGUUUUGUACUGUGCGGCUUAUAAUGUGCUGUGAAGUUCUUUUUUAUUCCUUUUUGUUGGCAGAUAUUAUUUUUAAGUUAUAUUAUCACCUCUCUGCUGCUGAUUCAGAGCUAAUCAUUUGUUUCAGGGUGUUCAGCAGUUUGUCACUUAUUAUUCUGAAAUAUCAAAUCUGUCUUCAGAAAUGUUGGUGUUUUUGGUUAUUCUUUCCCAAACUUUGAGGAAAACAAAAAAAAAUCAAAAACAACCAAGUUGAGCAAAAUGGCAACAUACAGCUCUCAUCCUGUAAAAUUAAAAGCCAUUGAGUAAAAAUGAGUUUGAAGUUGCGAUUUAACAACCAGAUAGCUGGGGGGCAGUCUGAAAUGAAGAGGAAAUUCAUUCCACAUGUGAAGUGAUUUCGCUUACGAGUUCCAAUAAGGAGAUGAGCAGCAGCAUUUUGAACCAGUUAUAGACGAGAGAGGGAGGCCUGGCAAGUACCUAUAUACAAAGCAUUACAACAAUCAAGCUGUGUUGUGAUAAAUGCAUGUAUAAUCUUGUCAAAGUCUGAAGGAUAAAAAGGG